UAUUUUAGUCGGUGAAUGGAAUAAUAACGUCACUGGAUCUAUGGAACUGCCAUAAGUCGACCGGUAGCCCAUCCUCAACCGCAUAACUAAACUUUUAAACGUCGAAAGUUUUCGGCCAACUAUAAACAGGCUGAUCCGGACAAUUGACUGAUUUUGACUCAUUUUCUUAUAUUUAAUGCUAACAUCGAACGAGAAGGAUUUUGAAACCACAAAUAUUUCAAUGGCACUUUUUUUACUAAAAUAAAUUAAUGGCACUUGAGAUAACUAUUUAUAUAUAUAUAUAUAUAUAUAAUUUACAUACAUAUGUUCAAAUAAAAUGGCUCUUGGUGUCUCGAAAAAGAGAAAAGAUUAAUAUUAUAGAAUAUAAAAGGUGACACUACGGUAUUUUAGAUAGAUCGAUGCCGCCAAAAGAUUUAUUAAUUAUAUUCUAGCUAGCCAACCUUUCAAGAAAACGAAUUGACUAUCGUCUACGUGAUCAAAUUUAACUUUUUUACUUUACAACUUAAGAAUAUAGAAACAGAGGGAACAAAGAGGUUAUAAAUCUUAACAUAUAGACAAAAAAAAAACAAACUUAAAAAUAUAGUAAGUAGAAAAAUAUAUAGUCAGUAGAAAUUAACCAAAUUAACAAAUCAAUAGCCAGCCAAACCCAUGCACUUGCGUGUGUGACACUGGUCAGACACUUAUUAAAUUAAUUUGUUUUAUAGGUUUAUUGAAUCAAGUGGUUCAAAGAAAUACCAAUGUUUGAAACUGACCGACUCCCCCAAGUGUGUUCCACUGCUCCGCCAAGGCGCCAACUUGUCUUAUUCUCCGCGAAAGCAACUUCGCAACACUAUCCUAAUUGACUGUUUUAUUUUAGUUUUAGUAGCCUAAUAAUGCUUUUAGCUAUUGUCAAUAUUUACUAAUAUGAAAACAAGAUUCUUAAAAAUUAUUAAAGAAAAAUGUUAAUUACAUAUUAAUAAAACAGAUUCAUAAAUCUUAUACAUUACAUCUUCUUCUUUUUGUUGGAUAAAUCUACAUAUGUUGGGGAUGUUAGAAAAUAAAAUUGAAUUUUUGUCACAUCAGCCAUGAUAAAAGUAUAUCAUAUGUUACCAAAAAAACAUGGUUUAUAAUUUUUCUAAUUUUUAAAAUAUUUUUCUGUUACGAUACUAAUAUAGAUGGUGAUAGACUCUAUUUGAAAAACAGAUGGUGGACUAGUUUCGGUAAAAAAUAUUGUCUACAUUUGAUAAAUAUAUAAUAUUUCCCGGGAGAUUUGAAUAUUAAACUUUAUGAGUCGGAAAACUAAAAAUAAACUUUCAAGGAGAAAGGAGGAUGCUUCCUUCAGUGUAUCGUUGAAUCCUUUGACACGUCAAGUCAAAUCGGAUCUCCAAAUGGCUUUUGUCUCAAGAGAUCCAGUCGAUGUUUUUCGGUCAAUAUUCACUUGCGGUCAAGAUUCAUGCAUCAUUAUCCUUCGAAUCGUUUAAAAUUACCAUUAAAAUAAUUGGCAAUAACAUUUUCUUGGAAAAUCAAAGAAAAUUUUCAUUAAGUAGACCAAAAAUUUAAAUGAGAUAAUAGUAAUAACAUUUUAAAAUAGUAAGAAAAUAACUACUCUUUGUGUGACUAAUAAUCCAUUAUAAUUAAUAAUUGUAGUAUCUGAUUGUUUGAACUCUAUGUUCAAAUAUACCAUAGUCUAUCAAACCAUAUACGCAUACGCGUAUAUAUAAACGAUUUUAUCAGACAUAUAUUUUAAGAAUUUAUUUCAUUAGGAAUUAUAAGACUACAAAAUAAUUAAUAACCAAUAUUAAAGAAAUAAUUUUAGUAUAUAGAAGCAAAGUUUGUUCUAAUUGACCCUCACCUACUUAGUUGAAACGAACUUUCAACAAGUAUUUCCGGUUCUUUAUGAAAGCUUUGCAAUUUUCUACUACGUCCACAUGUGUAUCCCAUUCUUGUUCUCCUUUUUAUUGUUAAUUCAAUAACAUUGCUUACUUUCUUAAACAAAGCACUAUCGCUAGUACAACUUGUAGAAUAUGUAAACAAAACACACACAAAUGUAUUUCCAUACAUGUGCUUGCAAAUUUUAUUGUCAUGGAGCCUAAUAUUUAUUAUUUUAAUAAGAAAUCCCUCGUCCUGGUUAAUACAAAUCCCUCUAUGGAUAAAAAAGGCAUAAAUGAGAAAAGCAAUAUAGGGAAGGCAAAGCUAAACACUAGAAACAUUAGAAAACAAAAACUUCAAACCUAAACUUUUUUCAUUUUAUAAAAUUAAAAAACCACGGCAAAAAAUAAAAAACAAACAAGCAAAGAAAAGUAUUUCAACUUGGCUGGCUUCUUGUGUAGUCUAUAUAUAUUCGCCUUAAACCCUUUCUUAAAACCCAAAAGCUUCACAAUCUCUCUCUCCUCCUCUGUCUCUCUUCCUCAAUAUGACAUCAAGAACAUUCACAAGACUUCCUAAUCUCAUUAACGUUCUUCUCCUGCUUUCUCUCGUUUUCUCAGGGAAUAUACUACAAAGUGUAACGUCUCUUGGCAUCAACUACGGACAAGUCGGGAACAAUUUGCCUUCACCGGAUAAAGUUAUUAACCUCUUAAGAUCUCUAAGGAUCACCAAAACAAGAAUCUACGAUAGUAAUCCUCAAAUUCUUAGUGCCUUUGCAAAUUCAAACAUAGAGAUCAUCGUCACCAUCGAAAAUCAAGUUUUAACCUUGUUACAAGAUCCUCAACAAGCUCUCCAAUGGGUGGAUUCUCACAUCAAACCAUAUAUCCCGGCCACAAGGAUCACCGGGAUCAUGGUCGGAAACGAGCUUUUCACCGACGAAGACUCUAGUUUAAUCGGAUACAUGAUGCCGGCGAUGAUAAACAUCCACAAAGCCUUGGUCCAAUUAGGUUUAGACAGAUACGUUCAAGUCUCCUCUCCAAGCUCCCUCGCCGUCCUUGCCGAAUCUUAUCCUCCAUCAGCCGGAAGUUUCAAGCCGGAGGUUUCCUCCGUGAUGCAACAACUUCUUCAAUUUUUAGAAGCCACGAGAUCUCCCUUUUGGAUCAAUGCUUACCCUUACUUUGCCUACAAAGACAACCCCGACAAAAUCCCCAUCGACUACGUCCUAUUCAACCGUAACGUCGGCAUGACCGAUCCGAACACAAGGCUACAUUACGACAACAUGAUGUAUGCUCAAGUAGACGCGCUUGCUUUCGCUGCUGCGAAACUAGGGUACCGUAACAUAGAAGUUAGGGUUGCCGAAACAGGGUGGCCAUCAAAAGGAGACGCUGGAGAGGUUGGAGCGUCUCCUGCGAAUGCUGCCACGUAUAAUAGGAAUCUUAUGAUGAGACAAUUCGCCGGAGAAGGCACUCCGGCUAGACGAAACUCGAGGCUAGAUGUUUAUAUAUUUGCCUUGUUCAAUGAAGAUAUGAAACCUGGUCCUACUUCUGAGAAGAACUAUGGGAUAUUUCGACCCGAUGGAUCAUUGGCUUACAAUUUGGGAUUCUCUACGAUGUCUACGACGACUGCAAAUUCAGAAUCUGUCACUUAUUCAUCAUCUGCCACUGAGGCAAUGAAUAGGGCCACGACGACCUUGGAGUGUUGGACAAUUUUGAUAUUGGCGAUGAUUCAAGUUGUAAUAUCAAGACUAUUUUAGAGGGAAAGUUAUUGAGUAUAUAUAUAUAUAAUAAUUUGAAUUUGUUAGGAGAUAUCUAUGUAAACAAUUUAAUUAUUUAAGUUCGAUAAAAAUAAUUUCAUAUUCGAUU